GCUUUAUGCUCCGCCCUUAACUCCGCUGGAUCCAAGCAACUGAAACUUAACUUUAGUUACUGAUCUAAUAGACAGUUAAUGCAGGAUGGCUGACUGCCGGUUACCGAGCACGUUUUCGGGCAGGCGCGGAUGUAAUGCAGACGGGCAGAUCUGCAGGCAGUUCAUGAACGGGUCAUGCAGGUACGGUCAGCAUUGUUACUAUCUGCAUGAAUGGCCAGCAGUGCCCUCCGCUCAAGUGUGUAGAUACUUCCAGAAAGGAGGUUGCUGGUUUGGUGAUAACUGCAGGUAUCUUCAUAUUCCUCAUACAGCAAGUGAGGCAUCAGGUGGUAGACGAGGUUCAGCACCAGCGCUCCAUUCCUCUACGUUCUCUGGUCACACUUCAGCUGCUCGUAGGGGGUCUGAGCCCUUUGUCUUGGCUGCGCAUGGUGAACGCAGCUCAUUCCGCAGAGGGUCAGAGCCACUGAUUACAAGUUUUCUAGGCCACCAACAGAAUCUUCAACACCCAGCUGCACAUAUUGCAGAGGAGGAGGAAGAAGCUGCAGCGUCUGCUGAAGCGGGACCUGCGCGUCCCCUACAGGAUGAGGGGCGGCAGCCUGCAGGAAGUGAUGGCGCUGGUCCCAGUCAUUCACACAGCAGUAACUCCUUAGGAGCCAUGUCCAACGCUGCUUCUGUUGAAAGUCAGGAAACCAGUCUGCAGGAUAGACUGGAGAUCGGCGCUACAGCUUCUGCUGGGCAGGAGCGUACAGAAGCCUACCAUCGAAGUAAAGAAGUGGUCUGCGGCAUCUGCAUGGACAAAGUUUAUGAGAAGGCCACAGAGGGAGAAAGGCGCUUUGGCAUCCUGCCGAACUGCAGCCAUUCCUUCUGCCUCGGUUGCAUCAUGAAGUGGCGGAAGACCAAAGAAUUCCAGGAGGACGUGAUCAAGGCCUGUCCACAGUGCAGAGUGAAGUCGUCCUUUUACAUUCCCAGCAAGUACUGGGUCUGUGAGGGUGAGCCAAAGGCAGCACUGAUUGCCUCCUUCAAAGAAAAGAGCAGCAAAGUAAAGUGCAAUUUCUUCAUGCGCCAUGGGUGCUGCCCUUUUGCAACAGAAUGCAUCUUCAGCCAUGAGCUGCCACCUGGGCACAGACCCCAGCGUAGACCCUCAAGACCCAAGAAUGUUGCAGAGUCGCUGGACCCUCGGAUUUUGAGCUACUUCAUUGCCCUGACGCUUUUGGAUGACGAAGACUUUGACUUCUUCUUCUUCCUUGAUGAUGCUGAAAAUGAGCCAUGAUCAUCCUUGCCGUUCAGGGGCUCAUGCAGUCUUGGAUUUUGGGUUCUGGGGGAAAAUAAUCUAAAGCAAUUAGUUGCACUCAUUAAGGGUAGUGUAGGAGGGCAAAAUCUUUUGAGCUGCAGGUUUUGUUCCUUCUGCGUUGGCUGUUUCUGGUGCUAUUUUGGGCUGGUUAUCAGUGUUUGUUUAGCCAUGUCAGAUAUACUACAAAGGACUGUUAACGUUUAAAUGCAUGCGGUUAUGCCUGUCCUCAGAUCUGACCAGAGGAAGCACGGUUAAAGCAUUUGCCCUAACUUGAAAAAAGGUGACCAUAAUUUCACUGUAUAAUACUUGAUACUGCUUUAAUAACUUUGUAAAUUUGUCUGUGUAAUCUUUCCUAACUCCAUGUAUACCUCAUACUUUUUGCACCAUUUUGUAUCCAUUUGAAAUGAGAUUUUAAUGCAAUGUCUUCAGUGAAGUUUUAUGUGUUUAGACUCUGCCACUAAAGCCACUUCUGUUCUUUUCUUGUUAAACUAAACACUUCUGGCCAGAAAAUAGAUUUAGCCUCAUACUUGGCUGGAUGGUAGUAGUUCAAAAGAGUCUUAGUCUGGCUGAGUAAAUCUAGUCUACAAUGUUUAAACUGUUGGCAGGCUUUUGAUUUUGUGUAUAUUGCACAGUUGACUGGUACAACAAAGACUUGAUCACUAUAGCUUUUUUUUAUUGCUUGUUUUGUAUUUGGUUAAAGAAAAGUGAAAAAUAAAAUGUUAUUUGCCAAUAA